GAAUGGUGUGCAUAAUAUCACAAAGGUAAACGGAGAAAGUGGGCGGGGAAUGGGGUGCGGCUGCGUGCUGCAGAACGGCAUGAGAUCCUCAUCAUGAGCUUUCAUGCUCCUGUUUGGUGUUCUGCAACAGAUUGAGUAUAGAUUCGAGGACGCGCCGCCUGGUUCUCGACAUUUCCAGAUGGGGUUAUCCAGGCGGUGCUUAUAUCAACACAAGCAAUGCAAUGCAGAUCAACAAGUACAGUAGUCUUUUUAUUCAAUAUUUAAUGGGUUGAUAGCUGCUGGUCAUGCUAAUGUUAUAGUUUACAAGCCUGCGCGCACCAAUGGAGACCUAUGCGAACUGUUUGCACGGAUAGCAAUACAAGCGAAAACGUUCACUUAAGCUGGUGGGUUUGUGGUCCGAGAAGAACAAUGACCUUAUUUUGGUGAUAAAAGGCUAGAUUCUCCCGGGUUGCUGUCUAAUCACGCGGUUCUUGGGGAGGAGAAGGUAGUGUGUUCAUUUCUCAUUGCUGUCCCGGAGUGGAGAUGUCAGUCCGCAGGAGCAGAUCGCAUCGGUCGCUGAGACCCGUUACUAUGAUUUUCAUCCUGCUGUUUGUCAACAUUGCUGAAACAACUGCAGAACAUGAUGCUUUCAACGCAGAGUCAUGGCUGAGGACGUAUGGCUACCUGUCCCAGGUUAGCAGACAGAUGUCCACCAUGCAAUCAGCCCAGAUCCUUUCUAGUGCCAUUAAGGACAUGCAGCGCUUCUAUGGCCUGGAGGUGACCGGACACAUGGACUUGGCCACUCUUAAUGCCAUGAAAAGACCUCGCUGUGGAGUGGCAGACCAUUUUGAGGAGUCAACAGAGGGAGGUACUCGGCGUAAGCGGUACGCACUUACUGGCCACAAAUGGGAUCAGGACAAGCUGACUUACAGUAUUCAGAACCACUCACCCAAAGUGGGCCAGGAGCAGACCUACGAGGCUAUUCACAAAGCCUUCCAGGUUUGGGAGAAAGUAACGCCUCUGCGGUUCGAGGAGGUCCCGUAUCACGAGAUAAAGAAUGGCAGUGAGGGGCCUGACAUAAUACUACUGUUUGCCUCUGGGUAUCAUGGCGAUAUGUCUCUCUUUGAUGGGGAAGGAGGCUCUCUGGCACACGCUUUUUUCCCUGGUCCCGGAAUGGGAGGAGACACACAUUUCGACAUAGACGAGCCAUGGACCUUGAACCAACAGGAGGGCUCAGGUGUUGACUUGUUUCUGGUCGCAGUUCAUGAGUUGGGUCAUGCGCUGGGGUUGGAGCACUCCAACAACCCUUCUGCUAUCAUGGCGCCUUUCUACCAGUGGAUGGACACAGAAAGCUUCUCACUGACUGAAGAUGAUAUAAAUGGCAUUCACCAGAUCUAUGGACCUCCAGAGACUGUCACCACUCAAGUACCUCCCACCACAACCCUGUUUACAACCACUGCUGAGCCGGAGCCCACCACUACAGUGGCCCAACUGAAAACAGCCAGACCCUCGCUGCAACCCACAAGGCCCUGGGUGCCUCCGGUCCACCCCACUAGGAGGUCCCAUAGACCCCAACCCACAGCACGCUCGGAUCAGGAUGCACCUGACAUCUGCGAGGGGAACUUUGACACAGUGACCGUACUGAGAGGGGAGAUGUUUGUGUUCAAGGGUCGUUGGUUCUGGAGGGUUAGGAGGAACCGGGUUCUGGAUAAUUACCCAAUGCCGAUCUCCUUCUUCUGGAUGGGGCUUCCAGAGGACAUAGACGCUGCCUAUGAACGGCAUGAUGGGAAAUUUGUGUUCUUUAAAGGAAGUAAAUACUGGCUUUUCAGAGAAGCAGACGUGGAGGCCGGAUACCCUCAGGACUUGUUUCGUUAUGGUCAAGGCAUGCCUGACAGAGUGGACACAGCAGUGUGGUGGGAACCAUCUGGCUAUACGUACUACUUCAGAGGAGACAGAUAUUGGCAGUUUAGUGAAGAAUCCCGUGCCGUGGAUAAAGAUUACCCUAAACCAGUGAGCAUGUGGGGAUCCAUUCCUGGCUCCCCGAAAGGGGCCUUCCUCAGCGAUGAUGGAGCGUACACUUACUUCUACAAAGACACCAAAUACUGGAGGUUCGAUAACAAGCGAAUGAAGGUUGACGCUGGAUACCCGAGAUCCAUUUUAAACGAUUUCAUGGGCUGUCGGGUGCACUUUGACGCAGAAACGGACGUAAAACCCGACCAUCGAUCACCAGAGACGAACGACAAGAAUCAAGAUCCUGACAACGAAGAAAGUACAGAAGACGGAAUUGAUGACGAAGAAGACGAGAAAAAGGAAGUAGAUGUCAUUUUAAGAGUGAACGAGACUGAUGAAAACAUCAUGACCCUCAUUUUGGUGACUGUGCCUCUGGUUCUGGUGCUGUGCAUUCUGGGAGUCAUAUACAUCAUCAUCACCACACUCCAGAGGAAAGAGACGCCCAAAGUGUUAGUUCACUGCAAAAGAUCCCUGCAGCAGUGGGUCUGAAAACACACUUUCGCUACCCAAUAGCCAAACCUUUCCGCACAUACGUUUUCUGAGAGACGUACACCUUGUCGUUUAUGGUGCUCAUCCCAUCGAAAACCCACUUCCCAAUGUAGAAUUUGCACUUUUGAUUGUUUUGUGGUCAUUUUUUACGUUUACGUGUUGCGAGUGAUUCGUCCGUCUGCGAGUUUUUCCUCUUGAGCCCGUUCGGUUGUAGACUGUGGGAAACGUUGGAUGUAUGAAAACAAGCUCAGAUCAGCACAUUUCUUUCACAUCCUCUGCUAACUGGCCUCAAUAAUGGAGGAAACCGCAAACUCCGUUGCAAGGCCUUGCAGAAAGCGCAGGGUUAAAAGAAAAGUCAGGCUUAAUAAAUUGUCUCACGCACAUUUAGCAGGGUUUAUAGUCUCUUCCCCCGUGGAACCUUGCCUGACUUGCAUUACACAGAUGUUGCUGAUUUUGGACUUUAUGGAGAGAAAAAGAGGGGGAUGGGGGCUUGUAGCCUGCCAGCAUUUCCUCUGCCUGAGUUCCACUGAGCGUGCCAAAGACAAGGAGUAGGAGGGAGGAAAGGCCAUUCGAGGUGUGGCUGUACUGUCAUCGUGACCUACAUUAGCGUACCCCUACUUCUUUCUCUCCCCUUAAAGUUUGUCUUCCUGUGGGACUUUCCUUUGUUUUCCCCACUGUACUUCCAGUCUCCCCCAGUUGUGAAGUUUUUGUUUUUGAGAGGCAUUCCUGGCCUCGGAUUGUGUCCGUCAGUGCCUUUCAAGGCUGAAUCUGUGCCUUAAUAGUGCAGACCAUCACCACUGUGUUGGAAAUGUACUUAUUUUCACUGACUUCAUAGUAGACUUUGUGCAGUUUGAGCAAAAAAUGCUUUUCUUUGUUCACGUGGCCUUCAGUGUUUUAAACCGGUGUCUUUUUUGUAUUUCAUGUCAAUAUGAAUGUGUUUGUGCUUUUUUUUUGUAGUGCCAAAUGAAAAACUCUCCCUUAAUUUGAUGUUUUAUUUGAUUUUUGAUUUGCAUUGUUUUGUAUUAACAAUCGAGUAAAUCAUGCAGGGCAUGUAUUGCUUUUGUUCACAGAUAUUAUCUGGUAUAUAGCUUGCUCACAAUAAAAUGGAGUAUACGGA